UAUUAAUUUAUCGUACAUUAGAAAUUAUUCUUAAUUUUCAUGCGAUGUGUAUCUUAAACAAUUGCAAUAAUACAUGGUUUAGUAAUGCACAUAGUCGUGCAGGCCGGGUUAAAGGUGCAGGUAGAGGUUUGGGUGAUCUCAUGAGUUAUUUGUAAUCAUUUCAAGUUCUCCUGUAGAUAUUUGAACGUGCAAUUGAGUCUUUUUGUAAAGACAAUUUUAUAAGUAAAGCUCUAAGAAAAUUGUGGACGUGUACAGAGAAAAUCUUAAAAGUAGAUCAAGAUGCAGGAAUCUCAACCGAAGAAAGGCAAGAAAGCCAGAAGAAAGCGCAAUGAUAGUGAUGAAGAUAUUGAAAAGGUCUUGGCUGAAUUGGAAUUGGAAUACACUGGACAAAAGAAGGAAGAGGAAACUGUUGCACCAGUUGAACAAAAACCUGAGGAUGAGGAGAAAAAGAAAAAAGGAAAAAAGGAUAAGAAGAAGGAUAAGGGGGACAUUUUUGAAAUUAAACAAGAAUUGAAGAGUGGUAUACUUCUUGAAGAUGAAGAUAUUGAUGAUGAGAUGGAAAUGAGUACUGUAAAAACUGCAGCACAGAAGAAAAAAGAGAAGAAAGAAAGAGAAAGACAGAAGAAGCUUGCCCAAAAGAAAGUAGAAGUUACUAAGAAGACCGAAAAUGAAGAAGAAAAGAAUGAAGUUGCCCCUGAAAACCAAACUAAGAAAGAACCAUCAGCAAAAGUUCCUGAAGCAAAGGAAGCAGUAGAUGCUGCUGUAUCUGCUGAGGGUGAAGAGGGGAAAAAGAAGAAAAAGAAGGCAGUGAAAGAUGAGACAAAAGAGAAAGAAAAAGAUAAAGGCAAAGGUCCUGGGAAGAAAACUAUUGCUGCAAUGCAAGAGGCUUUAAAGAAAUUAAAGGAAGAAGAGGAGAGAUUAAAAAAGGAGGAAGAGGAAAGAAUGAAACAAGAGGAAUUGAGAGAACAAGCUCGUUUGGAACAAGUUAGGCUUGAACAGGAGCGUAAGGAAAAGAAAAAACUGAAAGAAAAACAACGAAAGGAACGAUUAAAAGCAGAAGGAAAGCUUUUAACAACCAAACAGAAACAAGAUAGGGCGAGAGCGCAAGCUAUGAUUAAUGCGCUUAAGGCUCAAGGUUUAGAAUUACCGGAUGUAGGAGAAAAGAAACCUAGAGCAGGGACUCGUAUAAGACCAAAUAAGAUGAAACAACAGGUGAGCAUCGACGAGAAAGAUGAUGAGAAAACUGAAGAAGGCAUAACAGAUACGGACAGAGUCGAGGUAGAAAUUGUAGAUCAACAACCCAAAGAAUCCGAAGAAAAGAAAGACGAUGUUAAAGAUUCAUGGGACGCGGAAAGUAGCGACGAUGAGCAAGAAGAAGAUAAAUCGGACGAGGCACCAAAAACUCCUAAUAAGAUUAAAGGAACUAUUCUUCCACUUGGUAAAGCAAAACAAGCCCAAACCAGAAAAGAAUCCUCCGAAAGUGAAUCGGAGAGUGAAACCGGUAGCGAAUCGGAAUCAGAUGAAAGUGAAGACGAUAGUGGAGUAGAAGACAAAGUAUCGGACGCGGCAAAGAAGAAGGAAAGAAUUAGGGAACGAAUACAGCUUCGAAGGAUAGAAGCGGAAAAGAAAAAAUCGUUAGAUAAUCUCAGAGCCUCGGUGGUAUGCGUUUUAGGUCACGUCGAUACCGGAAAAACAAAGAUUCUUGACAAAUUAAGAAGAACGAAUGUACAGGACGGUGAAGCGGGCGGUAUUACUCAACAAAUUGGUGCAACAAACGUACCGAUCGAUGCCAUUCGAGAAUCAACGAAACAUGUCAAAGGGUACGCUGACAAGAAAUUUAAAAUACCUGGACUGUUGAUUAUAGAUACUCCUGGGCACGAAUCUUUCAGUAACUUAAGAAACCGAGGAUCAUCUCUUUGUGAUAUAGCGAUAUUAGUAGUAGACAUUAUGCAUGGUUUAGAACCGCAAACCAUCGAGAGUAUUAAUUUGCUAAAGCAGAAGAAAUGUCCUUUCAUCGUAGCUUUAAAUAAAAUCGAUAGAUUAUACGAUUGGCAAACUAUGAGUCGGAAGGAUGUUCAAGAUAUCGUAAAGACUCAAGCUAUAAAUACGCAGCGAGAAUUUGAGAAACGUUCGAAAGAUGUGAUUGUACAGUUUGCCGAACAAGGCCUGAAUGCUGCGUUAUUUUAUGAAAAUCCAGAUCCUAAAACUUACGUUUCCCUUGUACCUACUAGUGCGAUUACGGGUGAGGGUAUGGGUAAUCUAUUGUCGUUGAUAGUCGAUGCUUGUCAGGGUCCACUAGCCAAGAGACUCAUGUACAGCGAAGAGCUUCAAGCGACAGUUUUAGAAGUGAAAGCAUUACCAGGUCUUGGAACUACAAUAGAUUGUAUUCUAGUCAAUGGAAUGUUGAGAGAAGGUGACACGAUGAUAGUAGCGGGCACCGAUGGUCCUAUAGUGACUCAGAUACGUUCUCUUCUCAUGCCACAACCGUUGAAAGAAUUGAGAGUUAAAAAUGCCUAUAUAGAACAUCGUGAAAUCAGAGCUGCCCAAGGAGUGAAAAUCGCUGCGAAAGAUUUAGAGAAAGCAAUUGCAGGAUUGAAUCUCCAAGUGGCUCAAAAACCGGACGAAGUGGAGGUAUUAAAAGAAGAAAUUGCGAAAGAAUUAUCCACCGCCCUCAGGAAUAUUCGACUCGCAGAACGAGGGGUUUACGUGCAAGCAUCAACUUUAGGUGCACUCGAAGCGUUGUUGGACUUCCUGAAAAGUAGCAAAAUACCGUACGCUGGAAUUCGUAUCGGUCCUGUUGUCAAAAAGGACGUUAUGAAAGCUUCUAUCAUGUUGGAACACGACAGUCAAUAUGCUACGAUCCUAGCAUUUGAUGUGAAGAUCGAAAGAGACGCACAAGAAUUAGCCGAUUCGCUCGGAGUGAAGAUCUUCCAGGCAGACAUCAUUUACCACCUCUUCGACAAGUUUACCGCUUAUAGAGAGGAGCUGAAGCAACGUAAACGGAACGAAAACAAGCAUAUCGCCGUGUUUCCCUGUAAACUUCGUAUAUUACCACAGCACAUCUACAAUUCUCGAGAUCCAAUCGUCAUGGGUGUAAUGGUCGAGGCUGGAAUCGUCAAAGAAGGAACACCAAUUUGUGUGCCCAGUAAAGACUUUAUAGAUCUGGGCAUGGUCACGAGCAUAGAGUACGAUCACAAGACUGUGGAAUCGGCGAGAAAGGGUCAGGAAGUUUGCGUGAAGAUUGAACCGAUACCCGGAGAGGCACCCAAGAUGUACGGUCGUCACUUCGACGAGAAAGAUUUCAUCGUUAGCAAGAUAAGCAGACAGAGUAUAGACGCGUGCAAAGAGUACUUUAGAGACGAUUUGGUGAAAACAGACUGGCAGUUGAUGGUGGAAUUGAAGAAACUGUUCCAGAUACUCUAGGAGUUGCUAGACACGAUGGAAGUAUUCAGAGUAAAUCGGCGGCUCGAGUGUCUGGCGAUCGAGGCGAGACCUGCGAUCAGUAAACUCACCAACCUCAUCGAAUCUGAUCGUUGUCGAUCGUUCAAUCAAUUUGUAAUAUAUGCCCAAGUUUUUGAUCUUUCA